GUCAAACAUUUGUUUAGGCAGUAGGGAGUUUCUGCUAGGGUCUGGAUUGGAGUUACACAGACCGGACCCUACGUGUAUGAGUGAGGACAAAACAGGAUUCCCCUAGCCUCAAAGAGUCUACAUGUCUAAUAUUUAGACAUGUUCAGCUUUGUGGAUAUCCGGUUAGGGCUGCUGCUCGCCGCAGUGGUCCUUGCAGUGAGAGGACAAGGAGAGGAUGACAUCUCAUUCGGUAGCUGUACAUUGGAGGGUCAGAAUUACAACGACAAGGAUGUAUGGAAACCCGAGCCCUGCCAAAUCUGCGUCUGCGACAGCGGGACGGUCAUGUGCGACGAGGUGAUCUGCGAGGAUACAUCAGACUGUGCCAAUCCAGAGAUUCCCGAUGGAGAAUGCUGCCCCAUCUGCCCCGACGAAGUUACUGCAGCUCCUGAGCCUCCAUAUGUUGAUACCGUGGGUCCUGCUGGCCCAAGAGGAGACCCAGGUCCUGUUGGGCCUCCUGGCAGAGAUGGUACUCCCGGAGAGAAUGGACUCCCUGGCCCUCCUGGUCCUCCUGGGACCUCUGGCCUUGGCGGCGGAUCUUUCCUUUCCCAGAUGGCUUAUGGCAGUGAGAAGUCCAGCGGUCCUCCUCAACCCGGACCACCAGGCCCCAUGGGUCCCCGUGGCCCCCCAGGACCUGCAGGUUCACCUGGCCCUCAGGGAUUCACUGGCCCCCCAGGCGAGCCUGGUGAGCCUGGUGCUCCUGGUCCAAUGGGUUCUCGUGGUCCUCCCGGCCCUCCUGGAAAGAACGGAGAAGAUGGUGAAGCUGGCAAAGCAGGCCGUCCCGGUGAGCGUGGAGCAGCUGGGCCUCAGGGUGCUCGUGGAUUCCCAGGAACCCCUGGACUCCCUGGCAUCAAGGGACACAGAGGAUUCCCUGGUCUAGAUGGAGCUAAGGGAGACGCUGGCAUUGCUGGACCUAAGGGAGAAGCUGGUUCUCCUGGCGAGGCUGGAACUCCUGGAGCCAUGGGUGCUCGUGGUUUGCCCGGUGAGAGAGGUCGUCCUGGUCCUCCCGGUCCUUCUGGUGCACGUGGUAAUGAUGGUAACACUGGCGCUGCCGGACCUCCCGGACCCACUGGCCCUGCUGGUCCUCCUGGUUUCCCUGGUGGUGCUGGUGCUAAGGGAGAAACUGGUGCUGCUGGAGGUCGUGGUUCAGAGGGACCUCAGGGACCCCGUGGUGAGCCUGGUAACCCUGGACCUGCUGGUGCUGCCGGCCCUGCUGGAGGACCUGGUUCUGAUGGCACUCCUGGUGGCAAAGGAUCUCCUGGUGCUGCUGGUAUUGCUGGUGCUCCUGGUUUCCCUGGUGCUCGUGGACCACCAGGACCCGCUGGACCUAAUGGAGCUCCAGGCCCCAAAGGAAACAAUGGAGAUCCUGGUCUCCAAGGCCCUAAGGGAGAUGCUGGUCCUAAGGGAGAGCCUGGUCCAGUUGGACCCCAAGGUCUCGCCGGAAACGCUGGUGAGGAAGGAAAGAGAGGAGCUCGUGGUGAGCCUGGUGCUGCUGGACCUGUCGGACCUCCUGGAGCCCGUGGUGCACCUGGCAACCGUGGUCUUCCUGGUAGUGAUGGCGCACCUGGACCUUUGGGUGCCCCUGGCGAGCGUGGAGCCAACGGACCAAUGGGAGCUCAAGGAGCCUCCGGAGAGUCUGGUCGCCCAGGAGAGCCAGGUCUGCCUGGAUCUAAGGGUAUGACUGGUGCCCCUGGAAGCCCUGGACCUGAUGGCAAAGCUGGACCUUCUGGUGCACCUGGACAAGAUGGUCGCCCUGGACCCCCAGGACCUGCCGGAUCUCGUGGUGCUCCUGGAGUUAUGGGAUUCCCUGGGCCCAAAGGAACCGAUGGUGAGAGUGGUAAACCUGGUGAGAGAGGACUUGCUGGACCUACUGGCCCUCUGGGAGCUCCUGGUAAGGAUGGUGAUAUCGGUAGUCCUGGUGCUCCUGGACCUGCUGGACCUGCUGGAGAGAAAGGAGAACAGGGAUCUGCUGGUCCUUCUGGAUUCCAGGGUCUUCCAGGUGCACAGGGUGCUACCGGUGAGACUGGCAAACCCGGUGAACAGGGUCUUCCUGGUGAAGCUGGUCCUUCUGGUCCUUCUGGUCCCAGAGGUGACCGAGGUUUCCCUGGUGAGCGUGGGGCCCCUGGACCUGGUGGCCCAACCGGCCCUCGUGGAGCCCCUGGAUCCCCUGGUAAUGAUGGUGCAAAGGGAGAGCCUGGUGCCGCUGGAGCCAACGGUGGUGUCGGACCCGCAGGGAUGCAGGGAAUGCCCGGAGAGCGCGGUGCUGGAGGAAUGCCCGGAGCCCGAGGAGACAGAGGUGAUGGUGGUCCUAAGGGUCCUGAUGGUGCUCCUGGCAAAGAUGGCGUGCGUGGCAUGACCGGCCCUAUUGGACCUCCUGGACCCAGUGGUGCUCCUGGUGAUAAGGGAGAGCCUGGUGCUGUUGGACCCCCAGGAUUGACUGGACCUCGUGGAGGCCCUGGUGAGCGCGGUGAAGUCGGUGCUCCUGGACCUGCUGGUUUUGCUGGACCUCCUGGUGGCAAUGGACAGCCUGGUGCUAAAGGAGAGACUGGAGACUCCGGACCCAAGGGUGACGCUGGAGCUCCUGGACCUGCUGGACCCGUUGGAGCUUCUGGACCACAGGGACCUGCUGGUGCUACUGGACCUAAAGGUGCUCGUGGUGGUGCUGGACCUCCUGGUGCUACUGGUUUCCCUGGUGCUGCUGGUAGAGUCGGACCUCCAGGCCCCUCAGGUGCUUCUGGACCGCCUGGACCUACUGGUCCUGCUGGUAAAGAGGGACAAAGAGGAGCCCGUGGUGAGAAGGGACCCGCUGGCCGUCCUGGAGAGGCUGGAGCUGCUGGACCCCCAGGACCCUCCGGAGAGAGGGGUAGCCCUGGUCCCGAUGGUCCUCUUGGUCUCGCUGGAGCUCCUGGACCCCCUGGUGUUAUUGGAUCUCGUGGUAUUGUUGGUCUUCCUGGACAGAGAGGAGAGAGAGGUUUCGGCGGCUUGGCAGGUCCUUCUGGAGAGCCAGGAAAGCAGGGACCCUCUGGGCCUGUUGGUGAACGUGGACCCCCUGGACCAAUGGGACCCCCUGGACUGAGUGGAGCCCCUGGUGAGGCUGGACGUGAGGGUAACCCUGGACAUGAUGGUGUUUCUGGCCGCGAUGGUCCUCCUGGACCAAAGGGAGACCGUGGUGAGUCUGGAAACAGUGGUCCUCCUGGUGCCCCUGGUGCUCCCGGAGCCCCUGGUCCUAUUGGUCCAUCUGGAAAGACUGGAGAUCGUGGAGAGGCUGGUCCUGCUGGUCCUGCUGGUCCUUCUGGUCCUGCUGGUGCUCGUGGAGCCCUGGGUCCCGCUGGUCCUCGUGGAGACAGAGGUGAGGCUGGAGAGGCUGGAGAGAGAGGCAUGAAGGGACACCGCGGUCUCUCUGGCAUGCCUGGAGUUCCUGGACCUCCUGGAACUUCCGGUGAACAAGGACCCGCCGGAGCCACUGGCCCUGCCGGACCUCGUGGACCAGCCGGCUCCAAUGGCUCUCCUGGUAAGGAUGGUAUGAAUGGCGUGCCUGGACCUGUUGGACCUCCUGGACCACGUGGUCGCUCUGGAGAAAUGGGACCUGCUGGUGCUCCUGGUCUUCCUGGACCCCCAGGCCCUCCAGGAUCAGCCGGUCCCGGUGAGCCCUUCCUGCCCAUGCCACAGCAGGAGAAGGGUCCCGAUCCUCUCCGUGGAGGCUACAGAGCCGAUGACGCCAGCGUUCGUGACCGCGACUCUGAGGUCGACACCAGUCUUAAAUCUCUGAGCCAGAAGAUCGAGAACAUCCGCAGCCCCGAAGGAACCCAGGCCAACCCCGCCCGCAUGUGCCGCGACCUCAGGAUGUGCCACCCAGAAUGGAAGAGCGGUUCCUACUGGGUGGAUCCCAACCAGGGCUCUCCUCUGGACGCCAUCAAGGUCUUCUGCAACAUGGAGACUGGCGAGACCUGCGUCAGCCCCUAUCACUCCGACAUUCCCAGGAAGAACUGGUACACCAGCAAGAACAUCAGAGAGAAGAAGCACGUCUGGUUCGGAGAGUCCAUGCCCAACGGCUUCCAGUUCCAGUAUGGUAGCGAUGGCUCUGAUCCAGAGGAUGUGAACAUCCAGCUGACCUUCAUGCGCCUGAUGUCCAACCAAGGCUCCCAGAACAUCACCUACCACUGCAAGAACAGCAUCGCCUACAUGGACGAGACCUCAGGCAACCUGAAGAAGGCUCUGCUCCUGCAGGGCUCCAACGACAUCGAGAUCAGAGCGGAGGGCAACAGCCGCUUCACAUACAGAGUCAGCGAGGACGGCUGCACGUCACACACUGGCACAUGGGGCAAGACAGUCAUUGACUAUAAGACAACGAAAACAUCUCGUCUGCCAAUCAUUGAUAUCGCUCCUAUGGACAUUGGUGCUCCCGAUCAGGAAUUCGGCGUAGAAGUUGGCCCAGUCUGCUUCUUGUAAUAAGAAAAAUCUGGACAUUGCUGUUUUUUUUCUAGCAGUCAUCUUCAAAUCUUUUCCUGUUCACGACAAAAUAAAAAUGAUGAUAAUAAUAACAAUAGUAAAGCCCGAACUCUUAUUCGGCUGCAAUCGGUCCAUGUGCUUAAACCAGAAUCCCUGAGGACGGUGCUAUGCUGUGAUUCUCAUCUCAAAACAACAAAACUGAGGACCACGACAUCAUUAUCAUGGACACUUAGCGAGAAUCCUUUGCGUCAACAAGAAAAUAAUAUAUAAUAUAAACGCCCCGAGGCCCCCCAGGAGUCCAAAGAAAAACUUGGAGACUUUCUUUGCCGUUUUUUUGACCACUGCGAAAGGACAAUGAAAAACAAGCAAAUGCUAAUGUACCAUUCUCUGGUGUUGAAUAAAUAUGACAAACGACAGCCGAGUGUCUUUGUUCCUUCAAAACAUCACACAGAUAGUCAAUGGUACGACGUCAUCUUGAUAUAAGGCUACCUCAGGACAAAAAAAAAGUGCGUUUUUGGGCGGGAAACGAGGGCUGUGUUUUCAUCCAAGCGAUUGAUAACAUAUAAAAAGGUGCUACUUACUUUCAAGGGUCCUGUCAGUGGUUUGUUUGUGUUUGAUGGGAAAGAACAAGCCUUUUUAUACUGUCGUUUACCCUUUCGGGACCUUUUUUUGGUGCUAAAUGUCGACAGAAUGUCUUGAUGUCAAUGUGAUUGCUCAAAGUGUCAGCAGAAGAGGAUUAAACAGCAGUUUAGGGUUGGUUACUGUCGAUUUGCACUUAAUCUUGUGUGGGUUAAGUGGAUGGAUUGAUUGCCAGUUCGUCUAACGUCCAAUUCCCCUUCUUAGAGACGCCUUUAUGUACAUGCCGCAGCUCCCCCUUGUGUCCAGAUUUAAUUACUGCUUCCCGAAUGCAAUGCACAUCUCUUUUCUAUUCUGAGUUUGUUUGAUUUGUUUUCAGCGAAAGGUUUCUUAUAAAAACUGAAAUGAGGCGGCCAAAACUUAAAGAAAAAGGGAAAAUGCAGAAGAGAUAGACCCUCCCAUUGGUUCCAUCAAAGGAUCUGUACUUAUUUUGUACAUGUAUAGUAUUUCGAGAUGUUUUUAAUUAUUUUGGAUGUUGAAAUAAAGCAUGUUUAUGUGGUCAACUGGAUGCUGGAUAUGUUAUCUUCUUGCCAUGGCCUCAAUGCCUUUCUCUAAGCACCAAUUAAACAAACUAUCAUGCUUUCA